AUGACGUCUUUCUCCUGUGUGGGCCGCCGGGUCACGGUUCCGAGUGGAAGCAAGUGCGUCCUUGUUGCCAGAUUGCCAGUGCAGCAAGCGUACUUACUUGUUCUUCCAGUUGGAACACGGCGGGGGACAAGCAUGCUGUGUGUGCGUGGAAGACCUUCCGCAGAAAUUGUGGGCGUCUACUGCGGUGCAGGUACAGAGGAACUCCGGCGUGCAGAAAUCAAAGCGUUCCGUCGAGUACGGCGCGAGGUACUUGUGCAGCGGCGCUGCCUCAAGGCAGCACGCGGCGCACCUCAUGGUAGCAACCACGCAUAUGAUCUGAGGCGCCUGCAAUUUCAGUUUCACGGCAUACUGGAUCUGGAUGCGAUGCAUCCCGGUAUCUGGAACGGAGCCUUCGCAAAUCAGGAGCCGACGCUGACGGCGGCGAAAUACUGGUGGCAGGAAGGUGAGGACGGGUUGUAG